CUUAUCUACGACUGCUACUUUAAGGAGCAGAAAUGCCUCCACCAGUAGCAGCAGCAGGAAUAGCAUGUCUUCCUCUCUAUGUUCCCACCCCCGCUUGUUCUGCCUCAACCCCAAGAACCUCCUCCUGGGGUAAGAUUACAAGAUGGAGAUGCAGGGCAAGAGCUUCUUCUAGUGGAUCUGACAUCACAGACUUUGAUCUCUACGAUCUUAUGGGCAUCGAUAGCUCUUCAGAUCAUUCUGAAAUAAGAAGAGCAUAUCGGACACUCCAGAAGAAAUGUCACCCGGACAUCGCUGGCGCGGCAGGCCAUGACAUGGCCAUCAUUCUCAAUGAAGCAUACGCUCUUCUCUCUGAUCCCAAUCAACGCAUGGCUUAUGACAAGGAGCAGUCAAAGAUCGCAGAGCUCCGAGGUUACUCAGGGAAGCCUCUUUACUCGUCAUGGUAUGGUUCAGAAACUGAAGAACGAGCAGUUUUCGUGGAUGAAGUCAAUUGUAUCGGCUGCUUGAAAUGUGCGUUAUGUGCUGAAAAGACUUUUGCAAUUGAAUCCGUGUAUGGAAGAGCCAGAGUUGUCGGACAGUGGGCUGACCCUGAACACAAAAUACAACAGGCUAUACAGGCUUGUCCUGUUGAUUGCAUCUCGGUUGUGGAGAGGUCGAACCUAGCAGCUCUGGAAUUUCUAAUGUCGAAGCAGCCGCGUGGCAAUGUAAGAAUAGGAAUGGGGAAUACAGCAGGUAUACGCGUCUCCAACAUCUUUGUUGAGGUGAAAAAAUUCCAGACAAGAUUCCAAGAAGCAAAAGAGAAAGCCUCUGCACAGAGUUCUAAUGAGACAGAUUUACAACGAGAAGCAAGAGUGUCGGCAAUGCAAGCCAUCAGAUCCAUCUCCAACUGGUUGUAUUGGACACCCUUUGCAAGUGCAGGUAAAACCAGUUCCAGAAGUACAACAAAGCCUCCACAACAUUUGAGACUACUUACCGCCCAUAAAGAAUCCUGCACAGAUUCUGAACCGAACAUCGGCAAGAUCAGAGAUGCAGCUGCUGCCAGGAAGCAACCAAAAAUAAACAGCAACCGCCGGACCUCUGCAUUGAAUGGUCACACAAGUAACCCAGGUGAUGAUGACUAUUGGAUUCCAUCCACCAAUAUUCUUCCAGCUGCUACCUCAUCCUCCCAAAGUAACUCCAACGUCUCAAAAUCAUCAGAACCUAAUUCACCUGCAGCAGGUAUUAGUAACAAACGAUGGAAGCAAACAACACCUGUAGGUGUUAACAUUCGAAGAAAGAGCAACCCAGUUAGAUGGGUGGCUCCAAUGGGACCGGCAAUGGUUGCUUCAUUUCUUAUAGCUAGAUUACAAGGGGACGAAAUUGCAACAGUUAACAGUAGUACUGCUACAGGUAGUGGUGGUUUGACAGAACAUAUUUAUGGCUCUGUAGCACUGGACAUAGUCAACAGCUCUUGGUUACAGAUCGUGUUGGCGGGGAUUACCUGGUAUAUCAUUGGAACAAUAAUCAUAGGACUUGCAGAUGCCAUUCAAAAUUUUAAAGUAGGGAAUGUUAGGAGAGAUUGAUCUAUACUUCAAUAUACUGUGAUUCUGAAGGUCCACUACAGUUAGGGGUACGCAUAUAGAAGAUUAAUGACAACUUGUUAUGUAUAUAUAGUUCACACAGUAAUUUUUCAUGUUUUUCAGUAG